UAGUGAGUGUGAUUGUUAUCAUUUUGACAAUGUUUGGGACUAAAAACGUUAUCGAUUUUAAAGGGGGACAAAGUUCUAUGAAAAAGGCGAAGGACAGAAUGUUACAAUAGCGCUAUUAGGCAGUAGGCUUACAUGGUGGCACCGCUAAACGUGCCAGAUGUGAUAUUGAAGAUGUCUCUAUUAAAAGUACCUAAAGAAACAUCAUGAAACGUUUAAGUCAGAUAUCUUCUGACAGGAGUAGAGCUACAACUAGGAAAUCACAAGGUUUAUCAAAGAUUGCAGAAAAAAUGGAUGACCAAUUUAUAGAUAAAAAAGCUUUGACUGGUGAGCUGCAAUCUGGUGAUCAGUCAGAACUAAAUGUGUCAAAAGUACUUAAAAAAAGAAUUGCAGUUAGUCCAGUUGGAGAUGGACAUGAAGAAAAAAGACGAAGAAACUCAUUAGAUACAACUGCUAGCAAACGGAAAGGUCCUACAAAGCUCAGAGCUACAAAUGCUUUAGAUUUGUCAUUACCAAAAGCUAAAGGAAAACAAUCCCUGGAUACACAUAACAAAAACUCUGGAGACUUGGAUACUUAUGAAAAAAAUAGUUUUUCUCAGAAUGUACCAAAAGAAGUUGUGAAAGACUUGAAAGAAGUUAGGACUCAAGAAAUCAAACGCCUGGCUACUACAGAUGGUUUCUGGUCAUCAAAACCAACCAGUAGAUCUAACAGCCCAGUUAUAAUGAGUGAUCUAGUAGAUAGCCAUUUGCAUCAGAAAACACCAGUAGCCUCAUUAAGAGGCAGUCGCAAUGCCACACCUGAUGUGUCUCCUUCCUCAGCAAGGUCAAGGUUGUCACUAAAACAGCAGAAAAAGGAGCUGGAAGGUGAGGAGUUAGCUAAAUUGAACCAACUUUUGGAGUUGAAACGUUUAAAAACAACUGAUGGCUUCUGGUCCCCUAAUACACUGCAGUUUGGGCCAAGAAAUGCUGGCUCCCGGGAUGAAAGCCCUUCUUCGGCUUCAUCCUCCUUAGAAAGACUAAGUAAAAAAAAUAAACAAUUGGUGCAAAUGAUUGAAGAAGAAAAAGUUGGAAACUUCAGCAACAUGAAGAAAGAUAAGCUUGAGAAAGCAAAGUCAAGGAAUGCUCCUAAUUCUAAAGAGCAACAGCAAACUAUAAAAGAAAGUACAGGCUCUGCUAUGGAAAAAGAAACUGUGUUCAUUAAACGUCGUGGUAGACCUAAGAAAAAAAUAUCCAUUGGGAAUGCAGCAGCUAUAUCAGUAGUGAAGAAAAUAAUGAAAAAGACAGUUGCAAAAGCACAUUAUAGUAAUGAUCAAAGCUUAAAGACUGUAAAACCAAAAGGUAGGCCUAAAAGGCAGAACCCUUCAUUGUCAGCAGAUGAGAUGAAACAGACUGCUGGAUCUAUCCUAAGUAAAACUAGCUCAAAUGAAGAGAUACAGUCAGUGCCAUUGCAAGGUCCUUCAUUGUUUGCAGAGGUUUCAAGUAAUAAGCCAAAAAGAGGCAGACCUAAACUGAUAAACCAAGUUGGUAAACAAUUAGGCAAACCUAGAAUGUCUGGGAGACAUAAAAAUUUAGGUACAACUAACCAGCAAAAUCAACAUGUUUCAACAACAAAAAUCAAUGGAAAAAAAGUUAAAAAUACUGGUUCUGAGAUGGCCUUUUUGAAGCAAGAUUCUAGUAAAAUCAGUCCUGUUGCUUCAUCUGUAGAUAAGAAAUUUAAAGUUCACAUGCAAACAGAAACAUCAAAGCUAGAGAAAUUAAACAAUCAAGAGACACACUGUCUAGAAAAUGUAGCUGUGAAGAAAAGAAGAAAAAAGAAAGUAAAAGUUAUUGACAGUGAUAAUGUCAACAUGAAACCUACUGAUGUAAGCAAUGAAUAUGAAGAACAGAAGAACAUUAUUAUUCCUGAAAAUUUAUCAUUAUCUCUUGCAACUAAUCAACCAUUAGUCAAGCCAAGGAGAAAGAAGAAAAAUAAAAUAGCUUCAGUCGAUGUGAAGACAGAAGCAUCACUUGAGUCACAGUUAAGGUCUGAGUCUAACAUUGCACCAUCUGUAGUUGCUGAUGGCACACUUGUCAAACCAAGAAAAAAAAGGAAAAAGAAGAUCAAAUCAGUCGAUGGUGAUACUGCUAGUAUUAAUCUGCCAUCAGUAGCCAGUUUACCAAGUUUGACUGAAGAACUUUCAAGCAAUACCCCAUCUAUUGUCACUGAAGUUAAACCUGUAAAGCCCAGGAGAAAAAGGAGAAAGAAAAUGAAUGCUAUCAAUGGUACUGAGACUUUCUUGGAACAUGGUGAUAGUGUUGGCAUAGCACCUGAACUCACAUCUGGGAUAAACUUAGAGGAUGUUGCACCAACUUCUGAUCUCACCACAUUUCAGCCUGUCAAGAAGAGGAAAAAGAAAAUCAGAUCAUUAGAUAGUCAAGAAGCUACUACAGACACUAACACUUCAAAUAUUGAGGCAACUAUUGAAUGCCAGUCAGUGACAAAUGUUUCUUUUCUAGAAAAUUCAGUAGUUACAGAAACUAUAGAAGUACCUCCUACAAAGCACAAGAAAAGAAGAAAAAAGAAAAUACUAGAUGUGCAUAAAAUAUCUGAAAGUCAAAAUGAUGAAAAACUAGCCAAAUGUAGCCCAACUUCUACUGACCUAAAGCCUUUGACUUCCGAUAUUCGCAUAACACCUGAACUUCGACGCUUAAACACCACAGCUGGAUUUUGGGCACCAACCCCAGAUUUUGGAUCUGUUUUAAAUAUGCCUAACUUUAGAAGGUCAGUAGUGAAAAACAAGACACCAAAGACCACUCAAAGUUUUCCCUGGGUUGCUAAGCCAGAAAGUAGUUUGCUCCAACAUCGCAAAAAAAAGUUGAAUUCCUUAAAACAAACCUUACAUAAAGUCAGAAACUUGUCCAAAUUAGAUAUAAAUGAAGGCAUUCAUCAUCCUGACACUGGCAGCAUUGGCAUUAGUGCCAUGCUCACAGACAGCUCUUCACCCGCAAGAGUUAUCAAAAAGAUGAGCAGGCGACAAAGACUAAAGAAGAUUUUGUCUAAAAUUAAGAGUGAUACAGUGAAAUUAGAAAAUAGUGAAAGCAGUGUCAUUAGCACAUCUAAGGAAAUUUUAGACAAAGAAUCUGAAAGUGCAUCUUAUUUGGAGAGAGAUAUACAACUAAAUACAUUUCAAACUGAAGAAUGUGCUAAAGAGCAAGAAAGCACAAAGUUGUGUGGCUCAGUAACUGAUUCAACACAAAAUAUCACUGAAGAUAUGCAAGUAGACAGUGUAAAGUUUGAGGAUAGAAAUGAAAAAGUUUCCUCAGUUUUACAACUUUCUGGUGGCUGUUUAAAUCCAAUUGACCAACAUGCUUGCACAAGUAGUGUUGAAGAAAAUAGUUUAGAAGCUGAAGACAGAACUAUAGUUACCAGUAGUUGCUUCAAUCCAAGUGAUACGGCAGAUCUAGAAAAGCUUGCUACUAACUUAGGGAAUCUCACUAAUGAUCUUGAGACAAACAUUUUAGCACCAGAUCUCAUCAGAAAUAGGACAGACUCUUCACCAGAAGAGCUGUCUCUGACAACCAAUCAGCAUUUGGUUGAGAGUAGUGAUGAGCUGCAGCAUGGAAAUGAAUCUGUGUCGGGUGAGACAAGUGCUUUGCUGAACUUGCAGAAACAAGAAAGGGAGAACAUAUUUGAUAUGUUCAGUCAAGCAGUUAGUGAAGCAAAACAGGAGAGUGAGAAAAAAGCAGAUGAUCAGCUAUCUAUACAAUCUGAGGGAAAAGCAGAUGAUCAGCUAUCUAUACAAUCUGAGGGAAAAGCAGAGAUUGUGAGUGAAAGCAUGGAGGAAAAGCUUAAAACAGAGCCAAGCACCAUUUCCCUUUCUACUUCUGAUCAAGAAUCUAUGGUCAUGAUCAGUUGUGAAAUGGUAGUGUAUGAUAAUAAAUCCAAUACAACUGAAAGCACAGAAAGUUCAGGAAAGAAAAAGUUUGAGGUCACAUCUUUAAAAGACACCAUCAUUGCACAGACUUUAUCAAGGAAUAAUUCUUUGCUGACUGCUCCAGUUGUCAAACAUUCAUUUGAUACCAGUUCCACUACAGAACUUAGUUCUGGCCAUUCAGAACAAUUAGAAAAUCCUGAUAAAACCUCUAAAAAACUUAGUGAGGACGAUGCAAAAUAUGAACUAAACAAAACUGUAACAAAUGGAAACUUGAUAGAUGAUAUCAUUCAGCCUGAAAUUAACACUAUUCAAGACUUCAAUGAUGAACAACAGUUGACAUUCACAGAGGAAACAGGUCAAGCUUGUAAUUCAGCAGUUUCUGCCUUGGCUGAUAACUUAGAAAAUUGUCUGUACAAAAUUGUUGGUCCAACUGCUACAAACUUACUUUCUAAAUUGUCUCAUAUUGAGAACAGAACCUUCAGAAAAAGGAAAGGUAAGAAGACAAAGACACUUUGUUUUGUCCAGCACAAGUCACACAAGGCUGUGCAACUUACAAAAUCUGAUCUGAAAUUGGAUGAAUUGGCUGACAGUAAGACAAUACCUUCCCAGAAAUAUUUCCCAGAGUCCAGCUCUUCAUUAUCAACUAUCACAGCAGCUUCAACAUCUCUCAGUACUGAACAUCAGGAUCAAUCUAUUCCAUUGAUUUCAGUACAACAAAUACCCAUGAAAACUCCACUGCGACGUGUUCGAAAAAAGAAAAGAAAUAUUUGGAAAAAAGGUGUUGUGAAAAAAAAGUCAACCUGUUUUGCAAAUAGAAUGAAGAAACAGCUCCAAUCUGAGCAGUUGCUUCCAUCAGAUGAUAAAAGUUCAAAAAUACUAAUAGCUAAAGACAAUCCACAAGAUGUUAAAGGUGAUGAUUCUGUUGAGCAGGUUUCAUGUCAUGGUCAAACUAAUACUCCAUUGUCCGCGAUGAGUUCUUUAAAAGAAAAAAGAAUGCUCAAAAGACUUCAGACCAAUGCAAAUUUAGCUAAUGCAGUUUUAAAUGAUGAAGUCCUUAAAGGCAGAUUUCUAAGACGUUCACAUCCUAAAGAUGGGAUUGAUUUUGAAAGCAGUUCUGAGGGUUCUAACAUGAUGACUGCCUUGCGGGUAGAUAUUCCAGAAGAAACAAAACGGAGAAGAGGGAGACCCAGAAAGUUGCACAACUCUUUGCCCCAGUUAACUCCAUCUCAUCUAAGUGGACCAGUAAGCAGGGCAUUAAGAGGGAAAUCCCCUCCGCACUUGUCACCACAGGUUGACCCUAGUUCUAAGAAAAAUGGUUCAACUCCUAACUUGUUUACAUUUGAUGACUACAGAUUCAAUCAGGACGGGGAUAUCCCUUUUGAAAAUGUUGAUGAAACUGACCUUCAUUUGUACCUCUCUGGAGUUAGUGAUGAAGAUCAGUCACCACAGAAAGAUACUUCUACUGGUUCUGUGUUUGCCCAUUCAUCUCAUGAAAAUGUUGAACUUUUAAACUUCUGUGCACUGCCACCAACAAAAGAAGCCCUAACCUCCUCUUUAGAUAUACUUCAGUCAGUAGCACACUCAUCUCCCUCACUCCCUAAAGAACCUAAAAAGGUUGGUCGUCCAAAGAUGAAGGGUCGAAGAGGAAAGCCCCCAGGCAUGCCAAUGACAGAGGAGGAAAAGACUAAAAAGCAACACAAAGCAGAUGCCAAACGGUCAAAAAAUGUUACCAAUCUAGUACCUGCAAUUACCUACCAACAGCAGCCAACUAUCUACCAGUUUUUUAAACGACCAAGAACAGCCAGAAAAUCUCUCAAAACCUCACCAGACAGCAUGCCAAGCAGCACAUUUUCACUGAGGAAAAAAUUCACUCGUUCCCCGUUAGAAAUGCUUGAAAUAAAAAGAAGACAAGAGGAAGCUAUCUAUGAUAUGGAAGAAGAAAGAAAGCAAACUAGGCGCAUUCUUUUGAGAGAAAAGCGUGUAGCAAAAGAAUCAUCAGAUGGAUCUCUUGAAGAGGACAUUGAGGUUGGGGAACUGGUAAUAAAACCCUGUUCAGUUCUCUUAUCUGACUUUGUCAAGAAAUUGCAGUUGGACAGCAUAGAAUCAUUCUCUGACAAUUCUGCUCAUGAAGAACUUGAGAAAAGUGUGAAUAUAUCUCCUACCAAAUAUGCUAGUAUAGAAGAUGAUCUAGAUGAUGAAGAUUGGUGUGCAGAUUUAGAGAGCUUUGAAAGUGACGAUGAAGAGGAAGAAUGGAGAGUAAAUGAGAUGCAGGAGUAUCGUCCUUACAUUCCAAGGUUAAAGCUUAAGAGAGUUGUGAAAAAAGACAAAGCUCUAGAGGCUGGAAAGAAAAGCCCACUGUCCAGUACUCCUAAACCAGUACAAGAGCCUAUCAAACUAGUCAUUAAAGCUGAGUCUGUCACUGACUGCAGCUAUAGUGGAUUCAAAUCUAGUCUAGAUUUGUUAACAGUGGUACCCAGUGGGUUUGAAGCAAGUUAUGUGGAUUUUUUAAAAGAUUGUCAAAGCAAGGAUAAAGGCCAAAACAAGAGGAGUUUUUCCUCCAAGCCUUUACAAGAUAGAAUGCAAAGUAAUUUACUCAAUGCAACUGUUAGUGAGGCAUGCCAAGAAAACCCCACAGUGUCUAGAAAGACUUUACCUGGUGAGGAGGAGGAUGAAGAUUUGCUGAUUGUUGAUCUGGAAGAUGGGGUCCAUGAACAGAACUCUAUUGACUCCAAUAAAGACAGUGAUUCUGUAAUAACAGAAGGCAACCCAGAUGAGAACUCAGAAAUGACCCAACAAAAUGUCAUUCAGAGAACCAUUUCCAAUGAUGAAAUGGGACUAAUGCUAUCUUCAUAUCAUGAUGGCAAAGAUGUCGUAGUUCCUGACCAACUUAAUUUGUCUCUUGAGAAGCCAUCUGAUCAAAUAGAUACAAAUUGUGAAGUACAAAAGACUGCAUUUCAAGAAAGUAAUAUUACUGUCAAAGACAAUGCAGUUUUAGUAUGUAGUAUUAAUACUUCAGACAUAAACAAAGACCAAGAGAAAAAUACAGAUGUUAUACCAAAGCAAGUACAGAAGCAGAGAACAGAAACUAGGCUAGAAACAAGUAAUGAGAUUCAUGAAAAAACACCACAGUCAUUGAAUGCCUCUGAGAAUAGUACAUGUGAACAUAGUGCAGAUAAAAGAGCAUCAGAAGACAUAAGCUAUCAAUCUCCCAAAGCAGUUGUAGAUGGGAAGAAAAAAUCAAUGAUCUCAGACCAGAGUCCUAUACAUUCCACACAAGAUGACUCCUCACCCGAUGGCUGGAGGCUAAAGGUCAUCCAUCAAAAAGACAAAGUCUCAUGUGGUCAGUAUAAAUGUAGACGUUGUGACUUUACAAGCUCAGUCAAACUGACCAUCGAGUCGCACAUAUAUAGCCACCAUCAUGGAGUUCAGUUUCGAUGUGGCUAUUGUGAGUCAGAGUUCAGCACUGUUGUGGCAACUGUGACACACCUGAAGAACAUUCAUUCUGGAAAAGAGGCCCAAUUGUACAUCAACCGCCACAUUGAUGAAAGAAAUUAUUAUGAAAUAGAUGAAGCUGUUGUAUCUGAUGAGAACACUCAUUUGGCUAAAUCCCAGACGUCCAAUAUAGGUGGGGAUGGUCAGUCACCUCCUUUAAUCAUAUCUCUGGUUGUAAAACGUGACAACAGAAGGUCAUCUGCUCCACUUAGGCGCUAUGUUUGUACACACUGUGGUUUCUCCACUAAUGUAAAAGAGGAUGCAGAGCACCACAAGAAUGACCUUCAUGGGUCAGAUAACCUCUUUGCCUGUGUUCUUUGCAAGGAAACAAUUUUCUCUUCCGAGGCAGAAAUUAAGCAGCAUAGUAUCUCAGUGCACCCGUCUCAUGCUCGCUCAUACAGAAAGUUGCCAGAUUAUUAUGAUUCAGAACAUCUAAAUGCAAAGGGGAGUAGUCCAAGCCAAGAAGGAGAUGAUAUUUUGGAGAAACUGACCUCUAUUCUUCAUGGAGAGAAACCUGUUCAGGACUCUGUAACUGUUGACCACAGACAGAAGGCCAAAGACUAUCUCUAUUUGCAAGAAGAAUGGAAAGAAAAGACCACAGUUGAGGCUGACAGCACAACAGAAGUAGAGUUUUCUGAAGAGGGUCUUGUAGAUACAGCAUCUGAGUCUUUGAGUCAAGGGAAGGAAAACAAAGAAACCUCUGACAACUCUGAAACUUCUGCAGUCUUAUCUAAUGUCGCUUUAACAUCCACGGAGCUGGAACCACAACCAAUGGUCACUAUAAGUAUAAGCUCAUCCAGUACUGUUGAAGUAAAGGAGGUACCUAUUACUAAAGAAGAAGAAGAACAGAUAGGCCAAAACUUAGAGUGUGCUGAGAAAACUCUACACCAUUCAAGUACUGAGCAGUCAGUGAAAGUAGGCAUUAAACCACAUAAUACAGCAGUGGAAGGAGGCAUUGAACCCUCUGAUACAGCAGUGGAAGAUGAAGAAACUACCAACACUGAUAAUUUAGAUAUAUCUGCUGAUGAUAGUAUGGGCUUGAAAAUUAUUCAGGUUGUCAGUCUGAGUGAGGCCCCUGAGAAUUUAAUCAAAGAUCCCAUCGCCAAAGAAGUUUUAGAAGCUUUGGCAGGUGAAACAGACCAGCAGAAUAUUGCAGAGCAAACUGAAACAAGUGAUGAUAUUACAGAUGAUACUCCACAAGAUCUUACAGUCAACAAGCAAGCUAGUACUAAAGAUCAGCACAAUAUUACCACAUUAACUACGUCUGCUCCAGCCCCAGUUACAGCAUCUACUACUGCUUCUGCUGGCCAGACAUCAUCAUCAUCUUCUGCCAACAGUGGAUUGCCUCUUUCUUACAAAUGUAAUGCUUGCAAAGUGCAUACCCCAUAUUUGCUCAUGAUGGUGAAGCACCUGAAAGCUAGACACCCCAACAUGCGCUGCUUUGCCUGUCCGUAUUGCAAGGCCAUCAACAGUUUUAUCAGCCAGAAGCAACUCAGACAUCAUGUUAAAAAUGCACAUCCAGAUAAAAUUGGCAGAAACGAAAUAGCUCUUUCAGAUGAAGCAAAAAAAUUUGUAGAAGCCAUGGUGCUUCCCAACAGCUCAGAAUGUAUUCGUGUAGGUAAUAGGAUAGUGCUGGAGGAAGAUCUUCACACAUGUACAUACUGUCAGCUGAAGAUGACAUCAUUGGCUCAGGUUUAUGAGCACCUGAACAACAAGCACUCUGAUCUCUUUGAAUUUGUCUGUCCAGUGUGUCAGGGUUUUAAGAGCAAAGCUCUGCAAGAGAUAUCUAUCCACUGUGUGCAGGCACACAACUCUGCUCUCGAUACUGAUAAGGUCCAUGUUUCUGUGCCCAAAAACUUGUUUCAUGUUCUGAACUGCAUUUCCAAAGGUGGAAAGUACAUUGAAAAAAGUCUUAGUGCUUCUGAGGAUCCUUCCAUUAAGCAGACUGUGGAUGCAGGGCAAACUGUAUCACAGGAUGCCUCCACAACAGCAGCAGCACGCCUGACAGGAGAAAGUUCUAAAGACAUGUCUAAGUUGUCACCAGGAAGAGCUUCAGUAAUGCCACCAUUGAUAGCUGCAGUGAAUCAGUUGCCUGCAGUCCAGCAGCAAGUUCCACACAUGGUCUUCUCACAGGCUCCACUCAUAGCUAUUCCUUUAAUGCCUGGUAGCAUAAGUAAUCUUCCAACAGCAGCCGGGGCUAGGCCAAUGAUUGCAUUUUCCAGUGCCCUUUUUGAUACAUCCACUUUGACAUCUCCUCCUCAGUUAAUAUCAUCUGUUGCUCCUAGCCCAGCUUCAGUCUUGCCUAGUACCUCUGGAUUACCAAGCUUUUUAUCCCCAGCAUUUCAACAGCAGAACACUACUGACUUAAAGGCCACAUCCCCUGUCCGACAGAUCAAACCAAAGCAUUUGCCAGUGUUGAAUGUCCCAAAUAUUAAGCCUAGGGUAUCCCAGCCAUCAACAUUGGUUCCAGUGUCUAGCCCCUCUGAUCAGUCUCAUAGACACAUUCCAGUACAUACUAUCUCAUCACCGAUCAAAGGAUUUAGCCCUGCAUCACAUGAGGUCAACAAUUUGCCAGAUACUGAUCCAAGUCCUGAUGCUUUCAAAAUAUUCAAUCUUCGUCCAACAGCCCCUCUCCCCCCAUCAUCUUCCCCAUCUGCAAAUGCGCCUAUGGUCUUCCCUCCUGUUUCAUCUUCUGGAUUUAUUCAGGGACCAAUUGCAGGCUUUCCAGCUGGCAUGGUAGUUCCACAAAACUUAGUGCCUUUUGUUUUUAAUCAACCUCAACCCAUGAUGAUUGCACCCAGACAAUCAACAGUACAUGGUGGUAAAAGCAUGAGGCCAUCUACCAUGUCUGCUUUAACCUCAACACCUGAGCAACGGAUAAAGCUAUCAAUGCCUUCAGAGCAACGUAUGAGACCAACAAAUAUGCCCUCUCCAUUAGCAGAAUUUGAGCCAUCCUCAUCUAAGAGUCAGCCUUCAUACUUUAAAACUAGAAAUGUUCCUCUUUUAAAAGAGCAACAGCUGGAGCUCCAAAGACAAAGACCUACUCACCCCUCAGGAGCUCGCUCUGUAUCAACACUUGCUGGAGCUUUCCGCUCCUCCUCCUCUGCUACAGCCACAUCACAAUCUUUGGAACAUAGGAAACAUUCAGAAGGCCUGACAAGUGUGCCAGCUAGUCCUGGCUUGCCCAGGCCUUCAAAGGGUAUUCACAAGCGAAGCAGCUCCAUCUAUCAGUGUCCAUAUUGCCCAGGAAUAGUUACACUAAAAGCUCUGGAAGUUGCUUCUCACAUACAGAAUUACCAUCCAGGGCAUCAAGUCACAUUUAAGAAAAUAGCUCACUAAAACAAGAGCUAAACCUGUCACACUUAAGUGUAGUACGAAUGUCAUUUAAUCUAUUGAUGAAUUUUGUUUGAGAAUACUUAGCAAGGCUAAUUGCCAAAAAACUAAGUGGUUGUCUUAGUUCAAUAAUUUUAAGCCUUAGACAUUGUAAAACUGGUUCACUUACUAGGACUACAAGUAAUGAAGGUAUUUGUCUAUUAGAACUUAAAAUUGGCACCUGAUCAAGAAGUUGUUAAAAGAUUUUCAUGGAAAAAUGUUGUUUGAGUGCUUUCAUCUAAAUAUCAUUUGGAUUGUUGGCUACCUCUUGCAGUGGAUAAAGCUUAGCAGUUAUCAAUUCUAUUCUAACUCAUACAUGACUUCUAAAAGGAAGUGAUGUUUCUCUAAUCAACAGUUGGAUUUAUCAUCAAUUAAUUUCAAUAUAAAUCUUAGAUGUCAAUUUUUGUGGGGGGGUUUUUAACAUUCAAGUUAAUGGCUUCAGAAUUUUGAAGCAAUUAAAAUGUUUAAUUCAUUGGAUACUAUUCUAUUUUUAUUACCAAUGUAAAUAAUAUAUUUUAUGUAUUUGUCAAACCAUGAAGUUAUUUUAGGUUUUUAAAACUGGCCACUUGAUUGCUGAAUACAAUGUUCUUACACUUUUAGUUGAUGACUACAAAGUAUUGAAUACCAUUCACUCUAUAUACUGAAACUAUUCUUAUUCUAACCUAGCACUUUACAAAAGUUGACUUUUGGAGGAAUGAGAACCUUGAGCCCACUGAUACAAAUAGAGAUCUAGGUAUUUCUAACCUUGUAGUAUCUAGGGGCUAUCCUCUUCCUAGUAGUAUGUAUACUCUUGUUGUAGUGAAUAGCUUUUUAUAUAUUUUUCUUUCCACAUUCUGUAUCCUCUAUGUUGACAUUCUGCCUUCUAUUCAAGUGCCUUGUGUGACCUAAUGUGAUGUGUGAGAGGGGGAGGGCUAUCUCUCCUAGCUUGCAUUGAGUUUGUUGUGCUGUGCUGAGUCUAACAACAAAGCUAGGAAUGUACAGGAUACAAGAACUGUUGUGACUGUGUAGUUUUCUACUGAAGAAUGAGUGCCAUGGCUUCACAACCACCAGUCUACACUUAUGAGCUGUUAGGGAGUUUGUAUGUUUGUCUUAUAAUGUCUCUAUCCUUCAAAUUAGAAAUCAGUUUGUGGUUCUUCCUCUUUUUUUAUAGUUUUCUCCUCUGUUAUGGCAUAUGAAGUUAGGGUUCUGAUUGUCUGUUUUUGAAAGUUAUGUAAUGACUGUUUCCUAUUUAGCCAGAUAGUAGUUUACAGUGAUAACAUCAUGUGUCAAGUCUUGAAGGAUUUUAUUGUUACUUAACAGACAACUUGCAAAUGAAUUUAUUAUAUAUACAUCAUAGACAAGUCCUGUUUUAUUUCAUAGAACUUAAACAAUUAUAUAGUAUCUGUGCUGUUCAUAAGAUGAAAACUUAUUUUGUACAGUUUUCAUUUUGUUUAAAAAAAAAAAAAAUAUAGUUACUUGUUUUAAAACUUAUCUUGAAUAUUAAUAUGAUACUACAAGGCAUUUAUGUAUAAACUAUUUAUUGAGAAGAGUUUUGUUUAUUCUCUGAUGUAUUAUGGCUAUAGACAAGACUGUGUUGUUAUAUGGUCUACAUUAUGCAUUAUGUACAUAGUCAAUUUAUGCCAUGAACUUAGCAGUUAAUGAAAAUGUUAAAUCAUUUUGUAUUCAUUCAGUUUGAACUCGGACUAUUUCAUCAUUAAACAUUGUCUACAAGAA